AUGGGCGACCAGGCGGGGGACAAAGGAGAGGUCCUGAGUCUGCACCAUGCAAGCUCGUCAUUUAAUCAUGACACCUCGAGGAAGCGUGUGCGAGUGUCCGCUGGUCCAGCUGCAAAGCAGCCUAGCCAACAUCGUGAGACGCCAGAAUACGACAGUCCUGAUGCGAGCGAGAACGAGGUUGAAGAAGAGGAAGAAGAAGACAGAGACGAACGACAUGCUUCACCCCCCCGGACUCAAUAUGAGUUGAUGCGAGACGAUGGCUUCAGACAUCUCGAACACCAAGAUAUAGACGACCAACGCGCAACACAGAUGAUCAAGUCACGGUCUCGGCGCAUGGGAGAUAACCGCGUUGCCGAGAACGGAAUCAUCGAAUCCGUCGAGUGCAUCAAUUUCAUGUGUCACGAGCGUCUCUAUGUUGAGCUGGGCCCUCUCAUCAACUUCAUUGUCGGGGAGAACGGGAGUGGGAAGAGUGCCGUGCUCACGGCGCUGACCCUCUGUCUAGGAGGCAAGGCUAGCUCUACCAAUCGAGGCGGCAGUUUAAAGAGCUUCAUCAAGGAGGGACGUGACCAAUCUGUGAUCACGGUUUGCAUAAAAAACCAGGGCUCCGAUGCUUACCAGCCCGACAUAUACGGUCAGACUAUACAAGUUGAGCGGCAUUUCUCAAGGUCGGGCGCGAGUGGGUUCAAGCUCAAGAACGAGCGCGGCAAAACGAUAUCCACCAAAAAAGCCGACAUCGACGAAAUAACCGAAUACUGGGGCCUCCAGGUCGACAAUCCCCUGAAUGUGCUUUCUCAAGAUAAUGCACGGCAAUUUCUGAAUUCGGCCUCCCCCUCCGUGAAAUACAAGUAUUUUUUCAAAGGCGUACAGCUGGAACAGCUUGAUAAUAAUUACAAACUCAUCGCCGAGGUUCUAGGUAGCCACGAGGAGAAGCUGGCCAAGCUUAAGGACAACGUCGCCCAGCUUGAGCGGGAAUUGCAGAAAGCCCAGAAGGACAAGGAACUUGCUGAUGCAAACCACACCAUGAGAGCGGAGGGUCGACGUCUUCGGACCCAAAUCAUCUGGUGCCAGGUCGCCGAAGCGGAACGCGAGCUGGCGAGACGCCGGGCCGAAGUCGAUGCCUUUGAGGAGAAGCUAAGCGAGGCUGCACGGGCGAUUGAGACAACAUCACAGCAACUUGAGGACUGUGAUGAACGUGUACGCCAGGCGGAAGCUACCGUUGCUGAGAAGUCUCAGGAGAAGGACGCCCAAGGAGAGACAGUGGAUGCGGCAACAUCCAAAUACAAGGCUCUUAGGAAUGACUUGGAGAAGCAGCGUUUGGAGGAGCGAGAUGCAUACCAGCGUGCCAAAACUGCCGAGGCAAAUGUAGAUGCAUGGACGCAGAAAGUGGCUGCCGAGGAGCGGCGUAUUGGUGAAUCAUCGGGCGAUGUACGCAAGAGACUAGAAGAACAGCUCCGGGAAGCAGAAGCCGAAGAGGCAAGUCUCCAGCAGCAGAUUGCUGAGAACGCCGCGGCUCGCCCUGGUUUGAACCGCGACUUCAAGACCGCACUCGAGAAGGUCAAAGAGGUCGAACAACGGUUUUCUGUCAAGAAGCAGGAAGUCAGCAAAGCGGCGGACCGUAUCCGGAAUUUCCGAUCCAAGAACAGCUCUCCAUUUGCAGCCUUCGACUCUAAAAUACCGCAGCUUCUAAAAGCCAUCGAGCACGAGACUGGCUUCGAACGGCAGCCGGUCGGUCCAAUUGGGACGCACAUCCAGCUUCUGAACCCUCUCUGGUCGUCCGUCCUGGAGUCGACUUUCGGACAGUUCCUUAACGGUUUCCUCGUCGCCAGCAAGCGGGAUCAGCAGCGUUUGCUGGAAUUGAUGCGCCGACUCGAUAUUAGGGGCGUCCCCAUUCUCAUCGGCGCACCUCUUCCUCCGGGGACCAAGCUAAGACAACCGGAAGGCCAUUUCCUGACCAUUCUUCGCGCUUUGAAGAUCGACAACGAUUGGGUUCGGGAUCAGCUCGUCAUCAAUUACUCGAUUGAGAAGAUCAUUCUCGUUGAGAAUAGGACGGAGGCCGAAUCGAUCAUGUUCGGCGAAUCGCCCCCGCGCGAUGUCAUUGCUUGUCUCAGUCUCCACGACAAAAGAAGGGACCAAGGCCUUCGCCUGACGGCUAGAGCCUCGAUGCUAGGGACCAGCACCAUCUCGGCUUUUACCAGGAGCCCGAGAAUGAAGUCGGACUUAGAAAUACAGUUGACAAUACAAGAGGAGGCACUGCAGAGCGUUGAGCGCGAAUUGCACGACAUUCGGAAAGAGAAAGAAUUGUUGGAAGCGGACCAGCGGCAAUCGCAGCUCCGGAUAGAGAAGAAUGAACAGGCACGCAAGUCGCUCGGGACUGCACUGACCAAGGCUCAAGGCAGGAUUACGACUCUCAACGAAGAAAACGACCAGUACGAGGGCGCCGACGGGCGGCUUGCCCAAUUCCAGGAGGAGCUGAAGAACGCCCAACAGGACAAGCUCCAUCAUGGGUCGCAGUAUGGUGAAAUGGUGGCCCAGAAACAAACCCUGAACAAGAAGAUCGAAGAGCAAAAGAAGGUGCUCGAACGGGAGAAGGGUGUUCUGAGAGAGCUGGAGGCCCAGCUGACCAAAGCGGAAGCGAAACUGAAGCAAUGCCAAGACCUCCGCCAAAUUGCACUCCUAGCGAAGAACAAAGCUUACGAUACUCAAGCCGAGACCCAAGAACAGAGGGCAAGGGCCGAGAGGGAGCGCGACCAACAAGCUCAGGUGGUGGCUGAAUACACUGCGGGUGCCUCUGCCCAGUCUCCAGAACGUGUACCCAUCGAUGAGGGGGAGACGCAUGCCAGUCUGGAAAAGAAGUACCAUUCCAUCGUUACACAGCUGGAACAACGGAGAAACAGGGUUGGGGCCACUGAUGAGGAGAUCAACGACAGACUUCGCGAGGCCAAAGCUGCGUAUCAGCAAGCUUCCCAAGUCUUCGAGCUCCAGAGCGAAACGCAGCAAACCGCGAAGCUCACACUGGCACAGCGCUUGGCGAAAUGGCGUAUUUUCCAAGCACUCAUCUCGGCGCACUCGCGAAUCGGGUUCCAGUAUCUUCUUAGCGAACGAGGGUUCAGGGGCAACAUCAUUUUCGACCACAAGGCACGGAAGCUUCAGCUUUCAGUUGAACCCGAUGAGACUCGCAAGAAGGGCAUGGGCCGAAGUACCAAGACGCUCUCCGGGGGGGAAAAGUCAUUUUCUUCAAUCUGCAUGCUCCUUUCCAUCUGGGAGGCGAUGGGGUCACCGCUGCGUUGCUUGGAUGAGUUCGACGUCUUCAUGGACAACGUUAAUCGAACAAUCAGUACAAAUAUGCUGAUCACUGCAGCCCGUCGCGUUGUUACCCGCCAGUACAUCAUGAUUACGCCUAACGCUAUCGAGGGACGGGCCUCACUAGACAGAGAUGUCAAAAUCAUCCGGCUCACUGAUCCACGGCAGCGGAGGCUGGUUUGA